AUGUCAGGUGACCUUGAGGCGCCGCAGUGGCUGGAAACGAUGAGGAAGGAAGUUCUUGCCUCCAAGGAGUGGGAAGGGUUGUUCCAAGUCGCACAGCACCUGGCUAAGAAGCACCCCAACGUGAACGGAGAGGAAGGGUGGGCAAAGUUGAGCCUUGAGGAGAAGGAGACGGUCAUUUCUCUGGUGGAGGAUAAGGUCAGGAAGGAGCCCAAGUUCUCUGAGUUCAACCAGCAUCUCAGCAGGUAUGUAGACAGAGUUCUGCAGGAGCAAGUCGCGUCCGUCGCCUCCAGCUCUCCGCACUCGGGGGGCGGUCGAGACGUGCCUUCCAACCGCCGGUUGAACCUGGACCACCACCAGCUCAUGGAGGUGGCCGGAGAUGGAGCAAGCUCCCUGCUGGCAAGGUGGCCGGAUCAGUGGCAGGAGCUCAAGGUGGUCGGGGUCAGAGGGCUCCCGCACCGGCUAAGGAACGAGCUAUGGAAGCAAAGGCUGUGCGACGUGAAGGAGAGGUCCUCCUUCUUAUCGCUACAGGCUGGGAACAGGCUCUACGUGCUCUCCGACCGCGACCCGGAAGUCUCAAAGCACCUGAGGUCUGUGAUGGACUCGGAGUUCGGGUCCUACGACCUGGUGUCACUGCAGGUGCCCUGCAAGUCAGUGCUGUCGUACCUUCACAAGAAGCUCGGGGGUCCUGUUGAGAAUCCCCUACAUGCCAUCGUUAUCGUGCUGGUGUGGUCGAUCAGCCAGGCUGAGCCCGAGGUGCCUGUGACGGUCACGCUAGUCGAGCGGUCGCUCACGCUCCUGGACGAGGUGCAGUAUGAACAGCUGUUCGAGAUCGGAUCGUACCUCCCCCGCCCACAUGGGCUGUACGACAAGACCGUCAAGGCGGCAUGCGAGCUGCUGGAGCAGGCGAACCCCGAGCUCUACAAGCUCUUUCUGAGCUGCACGGGGAACGAGGACCAGCAGGACCCGCAGAAGGACGAGAUGACUCUGUUCACAGAGAGGCUGGAGCUGUGGAAGGGGAAGGGGAGGGACAGGAGGAGCAAGCAGAAACAGGAAGUGUGCGCUGCUCGCUCUUCCAAACAUAUCCCCUGGGACUUCACGGCAGUCGGAAGCAGCAGGAACGAAAUCUUCUUCCACCUGCUCCUCCCCGUCCUCCGAACUUUGUUCGCAGGGCACCUGACGAGCAUGGAAGGGACCAGCUGCUUGUGGGACUGUCUCCUGCUCUUUGGCCAAGAGGCCAUGCCGCCGCUCGCUGCUUCCUUCCUUCUAUGCCUGGAGGAGAGCGUGAGAGAGCUCGUCCCCGCCGGCUCUUCCCUGCGGGUGCUGGAGGCCGCCUUGAACUUGACGCAUGGGAUCGUGGACAUCAUGGAUGUCCAGACGGAGUUUGAAAGGCACUUCUGGAUCAAGAUGCGGAGCUCGAAUCAGCUGAGGAGGUCACGAGAGGACAUGCUCAAGUCUCUGAUUAUCAGGGAACGCCGGUCCUCAGGGCCGGCUGCCGAGCAGCAGCCGCACGCGCGGGUGAAGGAGGGCAAGACCAAGGAGCGAGCAAACUUGUCCUCAACGGAAACGCAGACAGACAUGGAUGUGACGGAGGAGCAAGACCCACAGCGGAUCCUUUCGGCAGAGGCGAUCCUGGCUCCGCUUGCUUCCUCCCAGGAGGUCGACGAGGCCCUGCCGUCACACAGGACGAAAGACGGGAGGGAGCCGGCGAAGCCGAUUCACAUCAGCGAGGCCCCUGCGCAAAGGGUGAAGGAUGUGCUGGAGCUGUGGUAUGGACGGAAGAUCUUUUCAGUAACGGUCCCCAACUUCUCUGCCAGCGUGAAGAGGCUCUCCCUCCUCGCAGACAAGGUCAUCAACCUUCCUGAGAACGAGGAGCUGUUCUCAGCUGUGGUCCAGCACGAGAAGAAGAUCCCUUGCCCUGUCGCUCGCUUCCAGGGCAGCAACCUCAGGCUCCCCAAGACCUCUAACGUGGAUGUCCCGCUCUUCCAGCUGCUCGCCAGCAAGUACCCUCGGCUCGAGAACGACUUCCGCAAGCCGAUGAUGAGGUGCGAGAUCAUCGACCCCAAGACGGACAAGAUGCACGAGUUCUACCUCGCUCCCCUCCGCAAGGGUGACGUCCAUGGCACCGAUGCAGUAUCGGAGGAGCUCAGCCAGCUGGGGAUAUUUCUCAGCUCGGAGCAAGUCAUCGAAAUUGCUCGCUGCCUCGAGAGCUACAGCGCCCUUCCCCCGCGGGAUGACGUGAAGAGGACGGACCCGCGAGCGGAGGGGAGGGAGGGGAGGGAGGGGAGGGAGGGAGCGCCAGGGAUAGACGAGAAGAUAGGGUUUGAUGUGCGUGUGGACGCAAAGCUGAACGAAGUCUUAGACGAGAUCAAGAAGGAGGACAUGAAAGUCUUGCUGGAACCCCCGGUGGGGAAGGAGGCGACGAAGAAGGUCAUUCUCAGCAAAAUGCAGUCAGACAUGGCGGCUGCUCUAAAGGUUUCCGCCGACUUCUUCCAUCCCCUGGAGCUCCACGAGAUGCAGAAUUACCUCAUGGCGGAGUUCAACCUCCACAGCCCCUACAACUCGUUCAAGAACAGGACGGCGAUGCAGAUCUACGACGAGCUCGUCGACCUGGUGGGGAACGCCUAUAGCAAGCUGAGAAGGACUGCGUCGUUCUCAAGAGUUCUGAGAACGAUCUUGCGAGGGCGUCCGCACGCAACUUUCACCAAGACAGCAGAGCAAGCUGCGAGCACUGAGAGACGAUUGAUGCAAGAUGUCAAACAGCCCCAGCUGAAGGAAGAUGUCAAACAGCCCCAGCUGAAGGAAGAUGUCAAACAGCCCCAGCUGAAGGAAGAUGUCAAACAGCCCCAGCUGAAGGAAGAUGUCAAACAGCCCCAGCAGAACUCUCCAUUGAGCUCGAAGGCUCUUGAUGCUAGCAGGCCUCAAAGCAGCAGCGAGCCUCCUUCUCAUCCUCCCUCCCGCUUGACUGAGCACUCGCCCCUGAGGUAUCCUCCUCCAUGCGACGCUUUCCGGCUGAGAGGUGACACCUGCUCCAGCACGACGAGCCCUCGACCUCCGGACGAGCCCAGCCAGAUCAAGUUCUCCAGGGAGACCAAAUUUUUUUACACUGUCGGUAAGGAGCGAAAAGGACCGUCGGACCUGGACGGCCUCAAGCAGCUCUUUUCUCAAGGCAUCGUCACCUCCUCCGCCUACAUCUGGUACAAGGAGAUAGGAAAGCAGUGGAUCCGUCUCAGAGAGGACACUCAGUUGCUAGAACAUCUCACCGCCUAG